AUGCCUGUUAAUCCAAAAAAACUAAUUAAAGAAAAUUUAUGUUUGAUUGGAAACGAUCUUUUAGUUUGUAAUAAAGUUUACCAUUUGAACGAUGGUAAACUUUAUUUGAUUGGUUUUGGAAAAGCUGUUUUAUUUAUGGCAUCUCAAGUGGAAAAAAUUUUGGGCAAUCGAUUAUCAAACGGAGUCAUUUGUGUUCCUGUAAACAGUCAGGAUACUGAGGAACCCACAUUAAAAGAAAAUUCCGUGAUAGAAGUGUAUGAGGGAGCUUAUAAUAAUUUACCCGAUGAAAAAGCAUUAAGAGGAACAGAGGCAAUAAUAAAUUUGGUAAAAUCAUUGAAUAAAGAGACAGAUAGUUUACUCAUUUUAAUAUCUGGAGGAGGCUCAGCUUUGUUCACAAAACCCAAGGAUGGUGUUACAAUAAAAAAUAAAUUACAAAUCAUAAAUAAAUUAUCAUCGAGUGGAGCUAACAUAACAGAGCUAAAUACUGUUAGAAAAAAAUUAUCCACAGUUAAAGGAGGUAAUUUAGCUUUGUUAACUUAUCCAGCAAAAACGAUAGCAUUGAUUUUAUCUGAUGUUCUUCACGAUUCUCUUGAUAUUGUAGCCAGUGGUCCCACUUUUCCAAAUUUAGAUUUCGAAUAUGCAGCAUAUGAAAUAUUAAAAAAAUAUUAUUUAUUAGAUACAAUUCCAGAGAGAAUAGUGAAUAUUAUAAAAGAGCCAAAUUCAAAAAUACCUUUUUCAUUAAUAGAUAAUAAUAAAUUUCCUCAUGUUGAUAACUAUCUGAUAGGCAAUAAUAAAAAAGCCUUGACUAGUGCAAAAGCAUAUUCAGAUAACCAAGGAUUAAAAUCUACAAUUUUAUCAUCUGAAUUAAUAGGAAAUGUGCAAUGUAUUGCCGAUAUCUAUCAAGAAUUAAUUAUAUCAAUUAUUGACAUAAUUCAAUGUGCAAAUAAUGAAUCAUUUUUAAAAAUAGAAAAAUUUUCAAAAAAUGUUUCUUUUGCUCUCAAUGAGAAUUUUUUAAACGAGAUAAAACAAUUGAUAACGAAUGAUUUGCCUCUGUUGAAAAAUGUUUGCAUAAUGGCAGGAGGGGAAACGACAGUUUUUAAAAAAGGAAAAGGAAAAGGUGGCAGAAAUCAAGAGCUAGCUUUAAUUAUGUCGCUUAAAAUACACCAAGUCAAAUUAAAAUAUCAUGAGUUUUUCAAAAAUUAUGAUGUCCAAUUUCUCAGCGCAGGCACAGAUGGCAUCGAUGGACCGACAAAUGCGGCUGGAGCAAUAAUAAAUGCAGAUGUAAUCGAUGAAGCUGAAAAGAGUAACUUGUGCGUUAUGGAAUACUUAGAAAACAAUGAUAGUCAUAAUUUUUUUUUGAAAUUAAAAAAUGGUUCCAAUUUAAUUUUCACAGGACACACAGGUACAAAUGUGUCAGAUAUUCAUAUACUUUCAUUUAGUUUAAACUCAUAA